AUGAACAUUAUCGAAACACUGUUUGGCAGAACUGUCACACCCGCGGAACGUCUUCGCCAACACCAACGCUCCAUAGCCAAAGCGCAGCGUGAACUGGACCGAGAAAGAACGAAACUCGAGGCCAGCGAGAAGAAGUUAGUGGCAGACAUCAAACGGGCCGCCAAAGAUGGCCAACUCAACGCGUGCAAGAUCAUGGCCAAAGACCUCGUUCGCACACGGCGUUAUGUCCAGAAAUUCUACCAGAUGAGGACCCAACUCCAGGCUGUUGGGCUGCGCAUACAAACCCUCCGCAGUAACCAGCAAAUGGCGGAAGCAAUGCGUGGCGCGACUCGGGCUAUGGCAUCCAUGAAUCGGGGCUUAAACCUCCCUGCUAUCCAGCGUAUCAUGACCGAAUUCGAGAAAGAGAGCUCCAUGAUGGACAUGAAGGAGGAGAUGAUGUCAGAUGCAGUGGACGAUGUUAUGGACGACGAAGAAGACGAGGAACUAGAAGGGGACAAGAUUCUCAAACAAGUGUUGGAUGAGAUAGGCGUGGAUUUGUCGCAACAACUCACUGAGGCACCAACAGGCCUGGGGUCAACUACAGCACAACUGGCAAAUAGACAACCAGUUGCGCUGGGCGAAGCAGUUGGGUCAUCAGGGCCCAAAGGUGGUGACAGUGGCGGUGGUGGUGGACCUGUUGGAGGGGACACUGACGAAGACGCCCUCCAAGCAAGAUUAGACGCUUUGCGGCGCGGUUGA